AUGGUCGGUCCACCCGUCAGCACCCGCGAUCGCCUUCGUCACCAGCACGUCCCGCUGAUCUCGCCUCCGGACGAGGACAUAGUCCAGCAGGUGCCACUGUCGCGACCGAGGAUGCCUCCAAGUGGCCUUCUCUCGCUCCGACAGACAGAAGAAGGUGUUCGUCAGGAUGAGGCGGUGUUCUGCGCAGGUGCGGAGAAGCAGCAGACCAUUGUCGUUCGAGCCGCGGAGACCGUGGGAACCCAGCACUCAUCUCCAGGCCGUAUGGUCUGUGCCGACGCGGGCGUUGAAGUCACCAAGGACAAUCAACUUGUCCGCCUUUGA